AUGGCCCACAAGGACACCCUCUUCCGCUCGGCGAGCAUGUCCCUCACGCAGCUCUACAUCUCCAACGAGAUUGGCAGGGAGGUCGUGUCUGCCCUGGGCGAGAUUGGAGUUGUCCAAUUCCGCGACCUCAACAAGGAAACCACGGCAUUCCAGCGAACCUUUACCAAGGAAAUCCGCCGUCUCGACAAUGUCGAGCGACAACUGCGCUACUUCAAGUCUCAGAUGGAGAAGUCGGGCAUCGAGAUGCGGAGCCACUGGGACUUUGACGAGAAUAUGCUUGCAGCACCACAGGCCAGCGAGAUUGAUGAACUUGCGGAAAGAUCGGAGGCUCUCGAACAACGCGUUAGCAACUUGAACGACAGCUACGAGACACUUAAGAGGCGGGAGGUCGAGCUGACCGAGUGGCGUUGGGUCCUGAAGGAGGCAGGAGGAUUCUUUGACAGGGCACAUGGACAGACAGAAGAUAUCCGACAAAGUACCGAUGAUGACGAUGCUCCUCUGCUGCGCAACACCGAGGCUGAAGAAGGCAGAGCUAAUGGCGAUGUCGCUCAACAGCAGAGCUUCGCAGUCAUGAAUAUCGGCUUCGUCGCAGGAGUCAUCCCUCGUGAGCGACUGGCCGCUUUUGAGCGCAUCUUGUGGAGAACCCUGCGUGGCAAUCUCUACAUGAACCAGUCUGAAAUCCCGGAGCCCAUUAUCAACCCGGAGAACAAUGAGGAGAUCAGGAAAAAUGUCUUCGUCAUUUUUGCUCAUGGCAAGGAGAUCAUCGCAAAGAUCAGGAAGAUCUCCGAGUCACUCGGUGCCGACCUUUACAACGUCGACGAGAGCAGUGACCUCCGACGAGACCAGAUCCACGAAGUCAAUACCCGCCUCAGCGACCUCGCCAGCGUCCUCCGCAAUACCAAGAACACCCUCGAUGCGGAGCUCAGUGCCAUUGCCCGAUCGCUCGCUGCAUGGCUGAUUGUUAUCAAGAAAGAGAAGGCCGUCUACAACGCUUUGAACAUGUGCUCGUAUGAUCAAGCGAGGAAGACCUUGAUCGCCGAGGCUUGGUGCCCUACCAACACUCUGCCACAGAUUCGAGCCACCUUACAAGAUGUCAACGAUCGCGCUGGACUCUCUGUGCCUACUAUCGUCAACCAGAUCAAGACCAACAAGACACCUCCCACGUAUAACAAGACCAACAAAUUCACCGAAGGCUUCCAGACCAUCAUUAACGCCUACGGCACGGCCAAAUACCAAGAAGUCAAUCCGGGUCUCUACACCAUUGUCACCUUCCCCUUCCUGUUCGCCGUCAUGUUCGGUGAUUUUGGUCAUGGUUGCUUGAUGGCAAUGGCUGCAGCCGCCAUGAUCUACUGGGAGAAGCCCCUGCUGCGAUCUAAGCAGGAUGAACUUUUCGCAAUGGCUUUCUAUGGUCGAUACAUCAUGUUGAUGAUGGGUAUCUUCUCCAUGUAUACGGGUCUCAUCUACAACGACGUCUUUUCCAAGGCCUUUACACCAUUCGCCUCGGCAUGGGAAUACCUUGAAGAUGGACGGCCUGAAGUCACUGCUCAUCUCAAAGGCAGCUAUCGGUACCCUUUCGGUCUGGACUGGGCCUGGCACGGUUCCGAAAACGAUCUGCUCUUCAGCAACAGUUUGAAGAUGAAGUUGUCCAUCUUGAUGGGUUGGGCUCACAUGACCUACGCUCUUUGUUUCUCCUACAUUAACGCUCGUCACUUCAAGUCGCCCAUCGACAUCUGGGGCAACUUCGUGCCUGGGAUGAUCUUCUUCCAAGCCAUCUUCGGAUACCUCAGCUUUUGCAUCGUCUUCAAAUGGUCGAUUGAUUGGUCAGCAGAGGGACGGAAUCCGCCUUCCCUGCUCAACAUGCUGAUCCAAAUGUUCUUGGCACCCGGGACUGUAGAGGACGGCGAGCAGCUGUACUCAGGACAAGCAGGCGUGCAAGUAUUCUUGCUCCUCAUUGCUGUUGUCAACGUGCCUAUUCUGCUCCUUCUGAAGCCGCUGUAUCUCCGGUGGCAACAUCAGAAGACUGCGGCACAGGGCUACCGUGGUAUUGGAGAUACGAGCCACGUCACGCAUGCUACAGAUCUGGACGAUGACGAUGAGAACCACCACCCCAAUGACCGCCACGCGAAUGGUCGACCGAGCGAGGAUGACGAUGAAGGUGCCAUGAUCACAGAGAACAUCGGAGAUGAAGAAGAAGAGGAAUUUGAGUUCUCAGAAGUCAUGAUCCACCAGACAAUCCACACGAUCGAAUUCUGCCUCAACUGCGUCUCCCACACAGCCUCGUAUCUCCGUCUCUGGGCGUUGUCACUUGCACAUCAGCAGCUCUCCGUCGUGCUUUGGAAUAUGACGCUGGCUAAUGCCUUUGGCGCCGCCAGCGCCGGAGCGCGCGUGGUCAUGAUUGUUGUAACCUUCUUUUUCUGGUUCGUCUUGACGAUUGCGGUCUUGUGCGUCAUGGAAGGCACGAGUGCGAUGUUGCAUUCACUCAGAUUGCAUUGGGUGGAAGCUAUGAGUAAGCAUUUCGUGGGCGAAGGUGUGCCCUUCGAGCCGUUUAGUUUCAAACUGUUGUUGGAGGAAGAGCCUGUAGAUUGA